UUGUAUAUUUAACGCGGGUUACUGGCGCGUGUAUGGGCUUUCUGUAGCAUUUUCCGCUGAAUAAAAGUGCGUGAACUAAAAAGUAUUGUCAAAUAUCACGCGCAAUGGAUCCAGAAAAGUUGAAAGUGGUCGAAUUAAGGACAGAACUCUCACAGCGUGGACUCGAUACGAAAGGCGUCAAGUCAGUGCUCGUAGAAAGACUUCGUAAAGCAUUACAGGAAGAAAAUGCAAGUCAAGAUGAAGGGAAAGCAAAUACCUUUGCAGAAAAUACACACGAUGUAACAAGCCAAGAAAAUGAUGAGAGGUCGUCAGAAUCGGCCAAAGUACCACAGACACCGAAAAAAUCUAGUAGACUGUCCAAAAAUGCAGCACCGGUGACACCACGUGAAACUCCUGGAGCAAAGAAACGAAGGACUUCUAGGGUCACUUACUCUAGGAAACGGACUUCUCCGAAAAAAUCAGAUCAAAAUGAUAGGUCUCGUGAGUCAUCACCUGCAAUAUCAGAACCUGCUCUACAAGAAGAACCUACUAUAUUGGAGGAAGGUACGGGGCAAGAAGACAUUGCCUCGCAAGAAGAAAAAUCUGAAUCCUUGGAAAGAAUCAAAGAAGCAGAAACAGAAGAGCCACUGCAAAAUGUAAAAAAUGAAAGUUCAGAUGCAAUGAAAAUUACAAAAGAUGAAGAUGAAACAAAAGAUAGGGAGAGUAAAGCAGGUGUUGCACAAGUAUUUAAUGCAAAGUCACCUGUAAAGAGUAACGACAAAGAAAAUUUGUCUGUGAAAAAGUUAGAGGAAAAGGUAGAUUAUAAGGAUCAACCUCAGGAACCAAUACAGGUUGCUGAGACGGAAGAAAACUUGGAAAGUACAGAGGUUUUAUCAGACAACAAACUUAGUGAGACAGAUAUAGUAAAGAAUGAUGAACCAAGUACAUUUAAGGAAGAAGAAAAUAGAAUGGAAGACACGAAAGAGGAAUCUCUUGAGAAUGACAAAGAAAUGGUAGAAGCACCAGAUGAUGUGCAAAUUGUAGAACCUGUUAGUGACAUUAAAACUAGCGACAUUCCUCAAACACAAGAACCAACAGACGAUUUACUUGAGCAAGAACAGAAUACAGAUGAGAAUGAAAAUGACGAAGCAAAACCUGAAGAUAGUUCAAUGGAGGAUCAGAAUAUUUUAUCGGGUAACGAAAAAGCAGUGGACGAUAUUAUUGACGAUAAACAAAAUGAACAGGAUGUAGAAAUGACGGAACUAAAAGUCGAAGAAGAUACAGACGUAGAAUUGAAAGAGCAAGGUAAGAAUGAAGCCAUAAAGGAUCGAAAGCGGAAAAGAUCGCCUAGCCCUAUGGAAGAUCGUGAAGAUUCACCCGCAGUUGAACUCAUCGAAAACGAACCCGAAAUCGACGAUGCUGCUUUAAUUUUAUCUUGGUAUGAUUCGGAUUUGAAUUUGGUUAUCGACAAGGAAGGAUUUUUUACUGCUACCCCAAUGCACAACGAUGGAUUCUCGCAUAUGUGGGCUGGCGCAAGAGCUUCGUAUGGUUUUCUUCGUGGAAAAGUGUAUUACGAAGCAAAAAUCGUAGACCUAUGCCCUGCCGAUAGAGAAAACGAAGAAUACCCGCACAUACUUAGAAUUGGUUGGUCGACUCCGUACACAUCGAUGCAACUUGGAGAAGACAAGUUCAGUUUCGGGUACAGUAGCAGUGGUAAAAAAUUAACCGAUAAUCAGUUCGAAGAUUAUGGGCUUCAGUUCGGUAAAGACGACGUUAUUGGCUGUUAUUUCGAUGCAACAUCCGAGAAUAGUAUCGUGUUGUCGUAUACCAUAAAUGGGAAAGACCAAGGCACGGCUUUUAACAUCUCGAAGGAAGAACUCGGCGAGAAAUCAUUAUUCCCGCAUGUUUUAAGCAAGAACUGUAGCUUUUCCUGUAAUUUCGGUCAGGAGAAACCAUGGGCUGAAGAAGUUCUAGACGAUUACACUUCCAUUGGACAGAUAGAUUCUCAGCAUAAGAUUCCAGGUCCACGGAGACCCGACAAAAAAGAAGAAUGCGAAGUUAUAAUGAUGUGCGGAUUACCCGGUUGUGGGAAGACCACUUGGGCGAUCAAACACGCGGCCGAACAACCCCACAAAAUGUACAAUAUUUUAGGACUCGGUAGUCUAAUCGACAAAAUAAAAGAUUCAGAUUUGUCGCACAAAGAGAACAACAAUGAUCAGUGGGAGGUUCUUAUCGAUAAGUGUACCCGCGUGUUAGAUAAGUUACUGGAAAUAGCUCCAACUAGAAGACGCAACUAUAUAUUAGACCAGACAAAUGUAUAUCCUUCCGCACAAAGGCGUAAAAUGAAGAAUUUCAGUGGGUACCAGAGAAAAGCGAUGGUAUUGGUACCCUCCGAAGAAGAAUUCAAAUCGCGCGUUGCUAAACACAAACCGAUCGAAGGCAAGGAACCUGCUGAAUCUGUACUAAUGGAAAUGAAAGCAAGUUUCCGAGCUCCGGUCGUUGGCGAACAUUUUGACGUUGUCGAAUGGAUCGAACUGAGUCAGGAGGAUGGCGAGAAGCUUAUAAUCAAAUACCUUAAAGAGGCAAAAGAAGCCGGCUACGGUCAACAGCAAGCGAGUAAACGACCACGAUUCGAUUCAAGACCAGAGAAUGCUCGAGAAAAUCGCAAUAACGCGCGAAGUAAUCGCGAUAACCGGGACAGUCGAGAUUAUCGUGACAGACGUGGCAAUAAUUAUUCUGAGAGGAAUCGUAAUCCUGGCUGGCGAGGUGGUGGUGGUGGUGGUGGGGGUGGUAACAUGGGUUGGAGGGAUAGACCUCAAAGGGGUGGACAUAGGCACGGUGGCGGUUACGGUCCACCAGUAUCGUGGAGAGGUGGUCGAGGAGCACCUAUACCACUUGUACAUCGUGGAAUGGAUAGAAGAGGCGGUACUGUAGACAGAAGAAUGGGAAACGAUAGAGGUCGAGCCGUAGGUUCGCGUCAAGGUGGCUGGGCUCCAAUGGGAAAUUAUGCGGGGUCGCAACAAUCCGCGUGGAAUCAACAAGGUAAUUGGUCGAGUGGCCAAGGUACUGCCUGGGGACAACAAAAUAACUGGGGAUCGCAACAGUGGGGUAGCUGGAAGAGCUACGGUCAGAGCUCUUACAGUCAGAACAACUAUACUCAACAGGGCUACGGUAACGGAAAUUGGAACAGUUGGAAUCAGCAGUAUUACAAUCAGUAUUGGGGCCAACAACAACAGCCGCAACAGCAACAGCAACAACAGGGCAGUCUAACUAACACGAGUGGUGAUCAAACUGUAAACAAACAAUAAUCCACCACGAUAAAUGUCACAAGAGUGGAACAGUGAGGCAAACACGGUGGAAAAUGUAAAAAAAACUGCUUUAACUGGCGAUUCCACGAUAGGAUAUAGUCUCCCUCGAUAUCUACGAGGAGUAUAUGAAAGCUAUAAUCUUGGUCAGAGUGUUGUCAAUGCCAGAUUGGUUGGUUUUGAUUGCACACACUCGAAUAGAUGGGGCAAAUUUUUCCACGACAAUAUAUUCACGAUUUUUUUUUUGUUCGUAUGUCGUAUACGAUAUACAAAUUCCAAAGUUAUUGUGGUUUUAUAAAUCAAGUAACGAUUUAGAUUUGUCGCGUGAAGGCACCGUUACACAUGCACCAUAAUACUGAUUUGCAUUGGAAGAAUGCAGUACGAACCGUUGAUGGAUUAUAUAGCAUUAUGUAAUUGCAAUUUAAGGUUGAUUUUCGAGAGGGGAUCGCGUCACGACGCUAAUGAAUUUCGAUUACGUGCGUGAUUUUUUAACGAACAAAAGGGGGUAAACGUAUAGUAUAAAACGUCUUGUAACGCCUUUGAACGAAAAGACCUACCAAGAAGAAAAGUGUCGCGUAUGGGUACACUAUACAAUUAAACACGAAAAGAUUAAAAACACUUGCAACGGUUUAUCGCUCUCGGAAAAGAAACGUGUAAAUAUGUACAGAUUUUCAAACGUAUUGCACGGAACGUUUAUUGGAAAUCUAUUUAUACAUAUAUUAAGCAAAGUACCAUACCAUGUAAUAAGGAGAGAAAACAAAAAAAUACAGAUCCGAGUUCUCGACAACACACGAGAGUGAUAUUGUAUAUGAUUUUGUUUUAUCUUUCUAUAUUAAUGACAGUGUUGUACAAAAAAAGAGAAUAUCGUG